UUCAGAAGUCCUGGCAGCAAGCUGUUUUUGAAGAUCACAAUGCAGCAGAAGAAUGAAAAGCCAUAGAAGACAUUUGCUUUGGCAAAGGAGUCAGCUGCUGGCCCAGUCUGGAAGAUGGACCACUGGUUUUGGGAAGCUUGGGAAAUACUGCUUCCAAAAGCAAGUUUUCCUUACUUAGAAGAGAAGACAGAGUGCUCAGCUAUUUGUGACCUUAAAUCACAACAAACAGUGCAGAAGGAAGACACUUGAGCUCCAAAGCAGGUGGGCUCCUGGUGUGCUUCUAAGUGCAGAAACCAGUCCAAAAACGACUGUUUGCAGUAGUUACAAAACUAUUGAGUGCAAAAAGAUCCUGUCCCUAUCAAGCUUGUCUGGAGAAGCAGUAAGGAAACUCAACAAUGAAUCCUUUCAGAGUGAAGAUCCCUUGAAUGAAGAAUUUGAAACUGUUGCUGUUUUCAAUAGCAUCUCUGGCCAUAUCCAUUAUGUCUCAUGUGGCUGGCUGGAAGGUGCUGCCUUACCUGUAAAGAAAGGUGGUUUUGUAUAUAGAGGGGAGGAGAGCAAUAAUAAUGAGGGCAACACAGUCCUGGUAGUUUUAAAACAACUAUAAAAGGAAAUGCUGUUGCAAAGGGAGUGGAAUGGAACUUGUGGCCCCUUGACAGCUCUAAAGAGGUCCAAAUUUAACCAUCAUACUGUAAAAAAGAGAUUUUUAUUUAUGAUGCAUAAGAAACUUUCUAUGGUUAGGUUUCGGUAUAGAAUCAUAAAAUUCCCGAAACUUCGAGCAAGAGGCAAGAAUUGCAAAUUAAGAAAAAUCAAGCGACGGUGGGUGCAGAAAGUUACAAGGGACCAUCAAGAAACACUUCAGCGGGAUUUUGAAAGUGGAUUGUGUAAUUUGUUUUCCUCCUGGAAAUCUAAAAGUAAGCGUCUUUGGAAGCGGUACCGCUUAUCAGAUAUGAACAAUAAUACACCCAAAUCUCUAGGAGCGGAGAGUGAAAUAUGUGCACCUGAGAUCUGCCACACACAGGAUGUGUCUGCUGAGCCGUGUUCUGAGGAUCCAGCAUCCAGAGGGCAGGAUGGCAGUGUGGAUGCUGUCCCACCAGAGCUGCACGUUAGAGCUUCUCCAGAGGCAGAAACCUUGCACCAGGUGGAAACCAACGGGGCUCUGGCAGAGGAUCACUGCUCUGACAUUGUCGUCUCUGUGACAGGAAAAGAAAUUGCUGUUUCGGAUCAAGAUGGUGCAGAAUCCAAGGAGGUUGUGGGUGUAGAUGGAAUGACACUGUUGCAAUCCUCAUUGCAGGAUUCUGAUGUCAGUGAUAAUUUUGCAAAUGGACCUUUCUCCAUGGAGCUGACACAGAAUGAGGACAGCUCUAGCCAGAUGGAAGUAGAAGGCUCCUUAAACUUGGACAUUUUUAGUUCAAAAUUACUAGAUCACCCUUACUGUAAAAGUCCUCUUGAGGAGCCUUCACCAGAAAGCACAGGAAAAAAUCUGAAAUCAGGAACUCGGAAGGGAGGCAAAAGGAACAGUCAGAAAACUUCCCGGGUGGCUGAUGAGCAGUUGGCAGCGUGGCUUUGUGGAUUCCUAGAUGAAGUUAUGAAGAAAUAUGGCAGUUUAGUACCACUCUGUGAAAAAGAUGUCAUGGGAAGAUUGAAAGAAGUCUUUAAUGAAGAUUUCUCCCAUAGAAAACCUUUUAUCACCAGGGAAAUCAUGAAGUAUCGGGAAAAGCAUCCAAAAACCUCCACUUGCAAUUUCCGGGUCUUCUAUAAUAAGCACAUGCUAGAUAUGGAUGAUUUGGCUACACUGGAAGGCCAGAACUGGCUGAAUGACCAGAUAAUAAACAUGUAUGGUGAACUCGUUAUGGAUGCAGUCCCUGAAAAGGUUCAUUUCUUUAACAGCUUUUUUCAUAGACAGCUUGUAACCAAAGGAUAUAAUGGGGUGAAGCGAUGGACUAAAAAGGUGGACUUGUUUAAAAAGACUCUCUUGUUAAUUCCUAUUCACCUGGAAGUCCACUGGUCCCUCAUUACUGUGAACAUCCCCAGUCGAAUUAUUUCGUUUUACGAUUCCCAAGGCAUUCAUUUUAAGUUUUGUGUAGAGAACAUUCGAAAGUAUUUGCUGACUGAAGCAAAAGAGAAGAAUCACCCUGAAUUCCUUCAGGGUUGGCAGACUGCUGUGACAAAGUGCAUUCCACAACAGAAAAAUGACAGUGACUGUGGGGUUUUUGUGCUCCAGUACUGCAAGUGCCUCGCCUUAGACCAGCCUUUUCAGUUCUCCCAGGAAGAUAUGCCCCGAGUGAGAAAAAGGAUUUACAAGGAGCUGUGUGAACGCCAGCUAAUAGACUAAUAAAAUGCAGCCAACCUAAUUUCUCUGGCAUUUCUGACAAGUUGCAGCUGGUGUUUGUGUACUUGAAUUUCUGAAAAUUUCCAUGAAUUUUGAGCGAUUCUCAGCUGAGUGGUGUGGCCACUGUUGUUACCUCAAUCUUUUGCAAACUUCUUUAUUGGCAGGACAUAACAGAGCUGCCAUAGACUAUUCCUAAUGUCAGUUUGGUUCUCUUAUGUUCUUUCCUGUAUUUAAUAUUUAUUAUUUCAGCAUGCAUAUAGUCAAAGCAUGCAACUAAAACCAUGAAAUGGUAGAUUUGGGGCACCUUUGAGGUGUAGCUAGAAAUGACAAAUACAGGUGAAUUUGUCUGGAAAAAUAAAGAUGCAUGAUAUGUUUUCUGAUGCAAUAAUGCUUUGAAUGUAUCAAAAAAAGAUCAAUGCCAUAAAAAGAACAGCUAGAACCUAUUUGAUAGUUCCAUUGUCCCUGUUGUGGCUGUGUAAUACUGAAUACCACAUUUUACACAUUUUUAGAGUGGCUAAACUCGUCUACAGCUUUAAUUUGUGAAGACCCCUUUUUCAAAUAGUUCAAGAUGCUCAUAAAAUUUGUUCUGUUAGCUUUUCUCUGGCUGUCAUUAUCAGCCUGUCCCUAUAGAUAAAAAGCAGCCUUUGCACAAAUAAAGCUUCAGCACUUGUCUGUAUAAUAGAAAGUACAGAAGUGUUCAGUCAGUCAGAUGGAUGGUAAGUUCCUAGAUGCUGCAGAAGUUUCCAUGAUGUGUGUAUUAAGGAGAAUUAUUAAGCUGGCCCUGAAGAGUCACAGCUUAGAUAGUAAGAUAAACUCCUUGGCCGUAACUGUUUACAUCUCAGAUGGCUUUGAGUCAUUUCUCAGAUCCACGAUAUGCAGUGAAAAUGUACCAUUUCUCCCUUCAGCUCUGUCUUCAUAGCUUAUUGUCUUUAACCUCCCGUUGGCUUUUGCUUUUGUUCAAAUGUAAAUUAAUUCAUCUCUGCUGCAUCUGCUGUUUGAUUGUCUCCAACAUGCGUGGUUUUGUCCGCGUGCAGUAGCACCGAUGGCUCUGGCUGGGAGUCCCGGCACUGGUGGUGGGUGCAGUGCAAACACAGCGAGGUGAUGUCAUCCUGCUCCAGAGGGAUGGGAGCCCUCGAGCCCAGCCCUAGCUUUGCAGGGUUGUUGUGCUGGGCAAAGGAUGAGGGAGAGUGGUGGAUCUGCUGGACUUCCACCUUGGUCUGUAAACUGUGAUGUGCUCCUUGCUGAAGAGAGCUACCUCUGUUUGAGGAGAUUGUUGUCUGGCACGGCUACACCGGCAAAUGUCUUUGCUGUGUUUUUCUGCCAGAUACAGGAAUGAGCCCAGAGGAAAAGUAUUUUCAUUGCUUAACAUCAUCUGCUGCACAGCUUCACUUUGUGUCCGUCCAUAGCCCUGGCUUCUGAUGGAGGAAAACCGCUUUGACUUCCCUGUCUUGCAAAUUAAUUCAGACUUGAGCUAAGCCAGGUGCAAAUCCCUCCUAGAUGACGGGAGGGAGAAGGGAGGGAGUGCCAAGCAGAGUCAGGCCAGGAAGUGGAAGCACAUGCACAUUAUGCUGUGCUGGAGAAGGAGUUCCUGCAGUAUCCUUGCAUGUUCCCACUUCCCCUUGUUGGCAGCUGGCAAGGACUGGCUUAAUUUAGCAAGAUAAGGAAAGCCUUAAGCACUUGGUUAGAUAAUUUAAACGAGGAACUUAAUGAAUCAGAAAGAACCUAAAACCCAGACAGGCAGGAUACAUGUGCCCAUUGAAUGGUGCAGAGCACCCCACAGCACAGAGUUUAUUUGUGUUUCCCUGAGGUUUAGCUGACAGGACGGCAACACCGCCUUGAGAUGAGUGCUUGUGAGCAGUGGAGGGUGACUUCCAUGAAAAUUGAAACUUGGGAUGUAGUUUCUCCUGUGGGGUAGCACAGCCAGUAUACAUAUAUACAGCCAGUAUAAGCCAGUGCUGCCAUUCUUAUCUUCUCUGUGCCCUGGUGUCACAUGAAUGGUUCUAAUGCUUUUGUGGUGGGACAACUGGUUCAGGUCACAACAAACCCAGAGGACAGUUCUUACCUCAGUGUAACUUGCUACUAAAUGUAUAUCCUGGUAUGAAGGAAAACAGAAUUGUGUGGCCAGGAAAAGCUGUGGAGGUGGUGCCACUUUGGGUGCAUGCAAGUGAGCUUUAUUUUCAAGACUCCUGGCAGAGAGGGAGUGGAACAAAAAGAGAACUGCAUGAGCAAAUUGCUUUUAUUUUCAGAACUUGAGCAAUUUGCUAAGGGAGCUUGAAAGAUGUCCUUUGAGGGUACCAGCCUGGGAGGCUCAAUGCCUCAAAGAAAAAACCCUUAUUUUUUUGUGCAAGUUGCCUUGUUGAAGGAUAUUUUUCCUUGCAUGGGAAUGUGCUGGAACAUUGCACUACAGACAGUUGUUUCCUACUGCUUGGUGCCUACUGCUGAUUGGUAGGAUCCAUCUUGCUCUAUAUGAGAGAUCAUGAGGAGUCUUUAAUCACCGUCCCCUUAUCAACAGCAUCAGCCAAAGUGCAGGAUUUCUGUGAAUUGUGUGUUGAACGUGGGUGCUUUGAAGCAAGUGCAUGUGUGUCCCAGAUCGUUUGAGGGGAGGGGUCUUGCACUUGAAUCAGCUGCCUUGUGAACUGGGGAACAGGGUGGGGAAACAUGCAUGUUGGAAAGUGCUUCUUAUGUGCUUUCUUGUCAUCUAGAGGUUUCCUGACAAGUGUUCCAGUUGGUUAUGGGGCAGCACAGAGGAGUUGCACUUGAGUCUCCAGCUGUGAACACACCAGUGAGGGGCCUCUGAAAAAAAAAGAAGGGGAAAUUGAAAACAGAUCUAAUGUAAGCAAAGUAUGUUGGUGCAGUGUUGAAAUUAAUCACAGGCAGUCGGAAUCUCAGGCUCUGUAAUGGUGUAUCCUGUGAAACUGGACUAAUUAACUCCUCCUUGAGAAUGUCUUUGAUGCCUUAAAGGAGAUGGACUUCAUAAUCUGUAGUCAUUUUACUAGUUCUUAAAACAUUCAGAACUAUGUAGAGUGUUUUUAUUAUGAGAGGCACAUUUAUGUGGAUGUAGUUAUGGCUGUUAGCAAUUCCAUUAAUGUGAUCUUCAGAUUUUCAUAAAUCACUCUGAACUGGUUUGGCAGAUGCUUAAAUUUCACGACUUGUUCCAAAGAGAUUGUCUCGCUGUGCUGAUUUAUACAAAUAGUCCCAGAACUCGUGAAGCCUCUGCCUUGUGCGUGACAAAUUUAAGCUACCUGAGUUGUAAUAAACCUUAAACAGAAUUGAAAAUGAAUUAUCAGUUUCCAUUUCGUUUGCUUUAAUCUAUAGUUUUAAAUGACUGUGCCCCUGAUACAAAUCAAUAAAUGCAGAGUGUGGCCUUGAUUCUGCAAGGUGAGUGGAGAGAUGCCUAUUGCUGAGCUGCUGGUACUUGCAGAUGGAGGCUGGACCUUUGUGCUGUCUAAUAUGCAAUUGUUCUGUUCUUACCUGGCUCUCCUGAGUGUGAAGGUGAUAUUUGGAAUGUUUCACAUGCACUGAUCACCGAGCCAGACAGGCUUGCACAGAGCUGCUGGCUUGUGUUGAAUCUCCAGCGUAACGCUUAAACUACCUUUACUUUCUCAGAGUUUUGAUUGGCGUUAUCUACUGUAGCAUUUACUCAAUUCAAUGUGAAAAUUUAAACCUUGGAAAAUGCUGCAGAGUUAACUCCACUGAGCAACGACUGCGCUGUGGGUGUGCUCUUGCAUUGAAUGAAGCCCAUGUUCCUGUGAAGUAAUAAAAUUGAGUUUUACCAUAAACCCUAUUUUCUUUCAGCGGUUUGGUUUCAUUUUAAUUUUAAAAGCAAGCGAUGUGAUGUUUGAGAGAAUGUUUGUAGCAGCUUGUUUUGGGAUGUGUUAUUAGGAGAAGCCUCUCCAGGUUGAUUAGUUCAAUAACUCUGAGUUGAGACUAAUGAUGCUCUCUGUCUCGCAGUGAUGUAACUUACUGUGGUUAAGUUCUGACAACAUACAAGAUUGGAGAUGUCACCCAUUGCAUAAAUAAGGGUGGAAAUCUUGCAUUAGACACUUUCUUCUAAGGUGGCAUUUAAACACAAAUCUGUCAACAGAACACAUAGGACUUAAAUUGCUUUUCUAGAUCAAACUACACUAAUGCCCUUCUUGUAUUGCUUGUGGAUUUAGCUGUGUAACUAUAGAGUUAAAUCUUGUCUUUGCCACAUGUUACAAAGCUAUACAGCUUGUGAAUUUGUGAUAAUGGUGAGAAUGAAGGCUUAGCAAAUGUCUCUUUAAGCUAUUAAUCAUGAGACUGGCAACAUCAUUGUCUUUAUUACAUUCAUAAUUUAAAAAUCCUAUCAUGGAGGAGGAAACAUGGAUGCUUGUUAAAUAUAUUCUUCAGUGGAAAGUACUAAGAAAUCAGAUCAUUAAAGUACAGAAUCAUAAGAGACACUAAAGCCUUGCCAGGAACAAUAAUUACUAUUUAUAUGUAAUAGGCACUGGGAGGGAAAAAGAUGAGUCUGGUUUGCUUAUGCCUGAACUUAAUGGGUUUUAUGAGUAACCAGCUAGAAGGAUUUGGGGAUUGAAUUUCAUUUCAGAGUAUGUAAUAUUACAAACUAUAGAGCUAAAAACUGUUGUAAAAGGAGUGAAAUAUCUUGAGAAAUCAACUGGUUUGUUUUCUCUCGACACAAGUAAGCAGAACAUGUGCGAAGCAGCUCCAGCCCCUGCCUGAAAUCCUGAUGAGUUCUUAAUUCUUGGGUUUAAUUUCAGCAUUGCUGGUAACUCAUCUCCCCUAACCUGGUACUUUGAGCUUUCAGACCUUACCUAGAUGCUGAGGUUACCUGGGACUCUUUACAGUCAACUUUGGGAAGUGGUUGAGAGGAAAAGGGAUCAAAAAUCCGUUGGGGAAUCUGUUUGCACCACCUUGUGAUAAAUGUUUUGUGGGGGGAAGGUCAGGGGAGAAACUGAGCUUUAAAAAGAUAUAUUUAACUGGAUAAUGUGGGUCAGGUGAGCUUGAUGCAGACAAGGAGCCAUCUUGUUUAUGGAAACCUUUGAGGUGAGUGGGAGAGAAAUGCAGGGAGGAGAUGCCUUCUGCAAGGAUCAUUGCUCUGCAUAAAGGGACACUGUCUUGCUUCAAUCCUGUGCAUUUUACAUCAACUUAAUGCAGGCAGCAACUGCAGCAAAGGAAGACAUUCCCUCUGCAGUGCUCAGCAGUGUUAGGGUAGUUGGGGCUUGACAAUUUAUCCUCAGCAUCUCUUGACAGCUCCAGCCCACUGAGGAGCUGGCAGGCAUUGCUGCUCCGGGCAGACAUGGGGCUGCUCCAAGGGAAGGCC